AUGGCAGGAAGAAAAAGAGCUGGCUCCAAACGUGGAGCCUCCGUCGAGCCGGAGCUGUCGACGACUACACGGCUAGCUUCCAAAAUACCUGAAGUACCAACGCCGUCCUCACUCAGGAUCCCGGCAUAUCUACAAUUUCCAAUACUUGUCGCGCUGAGUAUGGCGACCUCCUCUGUCUUGUAUACAGUUGCCGCGCCCUUCACAAGUGGGGAUCUAGCAUCUGUAAGCGCGCAAUUAGACGAAUGGUGGGAAAUCGGUGGUAUUCUGCUGUGGAAGGCGAUAGAGCUUGGAGCAGGAUGGUGGUUAGGAUACGAUGUUAUACACUUCGAUGGUAUUAAAGAUUUGUCCAAGAUUUAUCGAUCCGACGUCAUGUGGCUUCUUGCGCCGUUUGUCCCUAUCGGCAUUGCUGCAAAAACGUUUCUGUUCACUCCAUCGUUUGCAGCAAAAGCAGAUGCUCGCGACGACGAGAUCGAGGCUUUCAACCCAGAGACAGCUUCCCUCAGCGAUACCGCUCUUUACAAUAUCUGGGGACAUUCGAAGCGCGUCAGGGUUCUAGCACAACGGACGGCCGUGUUGGUAGCCCUGGCUGGGCUGCACACCUGGUUGCAUACUUACAUUGUGGUGGAGGGUGCUGAGGGUUUUGGCGCAGCUGGAUGGGCGAGCAUCUGGGUGCUUGCUGCGACGCUGACUGGACUCGGCUUUGCCUGGGUUGGCAACAUUGAUGGUUGA